UGAUAGUGUAGUACAUCCACAAGAGGACUAAAGACUACAGCCUGAUGCCACUUUAAUGUCUUUUCUUGGUAGUGGCAUUUGUACCGUUAUUCAUUGCUCGACGACAAAGAAAUGGUACAUUCCAUAAAAGGAGGACCUUAUUGACAGAAUCGUAGGAGAAGAUUUAAGUUAUCCUUGGUCCAAAACAUAAAAGCAAAGAAAAGUAUACUCUGGAGUUUUUUUUUUGGUACUACGUACAAAGAAAAAGCCUUUCUUGUGCAGUAAGGAAAUUAAAGCGAAAGAAAAACCUCAUGCUCAUUUUUUGUAAUAAAUAUGGCAAAUUUCAGCACAAAUAUUUUUUGUAGUCUGCCGAUAUAGUCUAAGCUCUCUGCUAACAAACCCAUAUAACUGGACACAGACCAAGAUGGCGACAUUAAACUUGAAACUUCUUAUAGACAACAACUCUAAUAAGGUAGUUUUUGCAGAGGCCGGAAAGGAAUUUGUGGACUUCCUCUUUGGAUGCCUACAGGUACCUCUUGGUUCCAUAAUGGGACUUCUUUCGAAACAUGACCUGGUUGGGUUAGGGUCUUUGAGUAGAGUCUAUGAGAGUAUUGAAAACCUUGACCCCAGCUUUCUUCAAUCAAAGGCAAGCAAGGACUCUCUCUUGAGGCCUAAACCAUCCUUCUCAUCAAACACUCAUACCCCUCAAUUGUUGCUGGACUUUGUACCACCAACACCAAGCACACCCUCAUUCUCAUCUGGACAAUCAAGUCUUGCAUUUGGGUUUGCUCAACCGAAUGCUCCUAGUACUGAGGUGAAGGAGACAGGGUAUGUCAGAGAUGUGGUGACAUAUAUGGUGAUGGAUGAUCUGACGGUGAAACCAAUGUCUACCAUUUCUGGCGUUACCCUUCUCACUAAUUUAUAUGUCAAAGAUGUCAGUUCCCUAAGGGAGAAGAUGGUCGAGCUUGACAUAAAGAAGGGUUUGGAGCUGAUAACGGCUUCAUUCGACUCUACCACAGUCCUUACAGAUUUUUUCAUUGGGAGUAAGCGUUCUCAGUCAUUUCUAGACAUAUGGGAUCCCGUCGAUGGCUUCUUCAACUCUAGCAUUGCUUACGCCCCUGCCAUAGCAAUCGAAACCUAUGCUAAUUUACCCAACUUGCGAAUUGAUUGGAAGGAGACCCCAGAGGCUCAUGUCUUCAAGGCGGACCUUCCGGGACUCGUAAAGGAGGAGGUGAAAGUUGAGGUUGAAGAAGGCAAAAUUCUUCAAAUUAGCGGAGAAAGGAGCAAAGAGCAAGAGGAGAAGAAAGAUAAGUGGUAUCGUGUAGAAAGAAGCAGUGGAAAGUUCCUUCGUAGGUUCAGGUUACCAAAAAAUGCAAGGACUGAUCAGGUUAAGGCUAGUAUGGAGAAUGGAGUUCUCACCGUGUUUGUUCCUAUAGAGGGGGUUGUGAAGAAACCAGAGGUCAAGACCAUUGAGAUCUCUGGCUGAGAAAGAUGUCCGCCAAGCUUGAAGCUUUUGUUUGUGUGUGUUCAUAAAUGUCUGAAAAAUGUAUCAUCAUAUCUCUAAUAAUUUGCAUUCUGCCCAAUAAUGAAAGGUUAGGCUUCGUUAUUUGUUGCAAGGUAUUGGACUUGGUGUAUAUACCAUUUGAGUAAUGUUACAAAUAU